UCAACUUCGUUUCUGAUGAAAACGGUUUCCGCGUGGAGUCCGACCUGCUGCCCACACCCCCUCCCCUCCCCGCCCACGCCAUCGCUCAGAUCGAGAAGGCUCGUCAGGAGGACGCCGCCGCUGCAGCUUCUGGUGGUCGUUACAGUGACCAGUCAGGUUCCGGCCAAUCAGGGUUCGGCUCCAGUGCUGGCCAAUCCGGAUUUGGUUCAGGUGCUGGCCAAUCAGGAUUUGGUUCGGGUGCUGGCCAAUCAGGAUUUGGUUCAGGUGCGGGCCAAUCAGGGUUCGGUUCCAGUGCUGGCCAAUCCGGAUUUGGUUCAGGUGCUGGCCAAUCAGGAAUUGGUGCUGGCUCUGCUCAGACUCCAAGCUUAACCUAUGGCUUACCUUAGACUUAAUCCAUCCUCAUACUGAGUGAAGUCAUGUUGCACAUCAUGCAGUGAAAAUGUGGUGGCCAUACCUUUGCAAAGGUAGCAGUUUAAUGAACACUGCUUCCUUGCAGGGUGAAAAAUACGCUUAGAAUUAAACUGGUUAUUUAAUUAUAAGUUUAGAUUAUAUCAAAAUAUAGUUGUUAAGAAAAACGUAAA